UAGCGAUAACUCCCCACCAUCACCUCCCCUAACACCAAAAUCUCUCUGUAAUUUUUUUUUUUGGUCAAAAACACGAAGCCGUGUGUUUGUUUGUUCAUGGAGGCCGAUAAGAGAAAACGGAAAGGCGAUAGCCAUAGCACGGAAGGGGACAGAUCCAAAGAGAAGGGAGUAGUUCACGGAGGAGAGGCGGUCAGCGAGGAGGAAGUAGAGGAGUUCUUCGCCAUACUGAAGAGGAUACACGUGGCGGUCAAGUACUUCGAGAAGAAUGACGGCAAGAGAUGGAAACCGUCGUUUAUGAAAGAGGAUUUCGAAGAGAUUAGCGGCGAUGUGGAAGGAGAGAGGAAGGAAGAGGAUUGCUUGGACGAUAAUACGGCACGGCCUGAAAGGGGCAUCCCACUCUUCUGGUGUGGUAGGGUCUUUCAGUUUAUCACUGAUCCCCUGGUCCAGCGGUGUCUGCUAAUAGAGGUCUCCAAUCCGUCAUGAUAGAAGGCGACUCCUUCCAAGUUAUGCAGGCCAUUCAAUCCAGAAGCGCGAUGUCCAGAGCCUGGUUUCGGAUAUCCAUCACCUUGCUAAUUGCAUCCCUGCUGCCUCUUUUGGUCACGCGAAAACAACCGGAAAAAAAGCUGGCGCAUGCCUUCGCAUCCGAGGUCAUUCAUGAUAAGAAUUUAAUUAGUAAUCCAAUUGCUCAACAUAGAUUUGUAUUUGCCUCUUUUCCUGUUUAAUCUUCAAUGAAAUUCAAUAUUCCAAAAAAAAAAAAGAAGUUUUGGGAUAAUAAUCGACUUUUUGUUAUAGACUAGGAAUGAAUCAGCAAAACCAGGGAAUCAUUCCUGUGUUGAGUUUGGUAGAUGGUAUUACAUAUAUAAUUUUUUCAUAUUUCUUUAUUUAUUUAACCCA